GUGUACAAGCCCGGCAAGGUCGCAAUCGUCCUCCAAGGCCGUCAAGCCGGAAGGAAGGUUGUAGUUAUCAAGCAGCUGGAUGAAGGGUCGAAAGAGCACCUGUUCCUGCACGCAAUCGUUGCUGGCAUCGAGCGACGCCUAAAAGGCGUAUUGAAAACCUCAUGCUUGUAA